ACAAUAGGCUUUGGUCCCACUCUAGAUUCGGUCGUGGUCUUGCACCUUCGGACAGCCAGUCAGGAUACACCGAGGACACGGCCAAGACGCGCGCGACUGGUUAGCACAUCUCAGGGACUAACUUCUUGAUCUCUCGUUGCUUGUGGAGGUAUCGAUUUAAAAACAUUUCGCGGACCAUAGACGAAUACUUAUCAUCAUUUGCACAGCUGAUUCGCGGAGGUAGGAGAUUUCUGCCUUGAGUUAACUGAUCAACUGAUCAACUGUAUGGAAUUUAGAGCAGCCUCUGGCAUUUCGGAAUCUUUUUUCAACGAGAACCACCGCAAGUCAAUUUUCUUUGACAGUUCUAGAUCAGCAGAACAUAGCUUGGAGCAAAAAGAGCAUACUGAUGACGUUGUGACAUUGAUCAGUGCAACAGAAGAUACCAGGCACUGAAACACUGCAUUUGCUCAAUGGGAGGUUGCCUUCCAUGGCACUUGUCACCCGCCAACAUUCCGAUAGAGGAUUUCCUCUUUCAACAAUCGAGGAGUCGAUGUGGGCACAACCAUAACAACAUUUCUCAACAGGCGACUGUCGUUAUUCGUUUCGACUUACUUGCUCACCCACAUUAAUUUCAUCAAGACCUGGGGCAAUUGUUUACUUACUGCUAUCUCAUCUGCAGGAGAAUCUUGACCUUUUAGGACAAGACUGGCGCUGAUUCGAAAGGCCUAUUCGAUGUCCUACUGAGGACGACACGGGUUGAACAUAUCAGGGUCCUCGAAUAACCUAAAAGUGCAACUGGGCUGCUGAAGAAUUCUAAUGCAACAAUUUUUUGUGUCUUUAAUUGUGUCUGCUUGGGCGAUAACCGGUGGUGAGGUUUGUAUUUUUGAGCUGCGAAUCCGGGAGGUUUGCCGUCUUCGUCAGAGACAGAAUGAAAGGAAGGAAGGACACUGCGAUGUCGUAUGGCGUGUUGGUGCUCCUCGCCGCUGCCUUCGUGGCAGAUGGCAUCAUCGAGCUGGGCCAAGGGAACUAUGAGGGUCAGGUUAUGCUGAUCGGAGGGAAAGAUGACAGCGAGGGAAACGUCGUCAUCUACCAUUUGUCUCAAUGGGGAAACAUUUGUGAUGACUAUUGGAAUAUUUGGGCCGGUCUUGUUGUCUGCCGACAGCUCGGUUUCCAAGGUGCGAAGAAUGUGACGACGCGGGGACAUUUCAAGACCAUAAUGGAGAGGAAAAUCUGGAUGGACAAUGUUGAAUGCAAGGGUGACGAGGAGCAUGUCAAAGACUGUCGGUUCAAUGGCUGGGGCCAACAUAACUGUGAUGCUACCGAGGCUGCAGGGGUGGUGUGCAAGAAGGAGAAGCCAGGGACUACGGCGGCUCCUACCGACACCUCGCUACAGAACGAUGCUCCUGUGAGGAAGGCUUUGAAGUACAAGAUCGUUGGUCUUGGCGGUGGCAGUGAGAAUUCCGAUGAUGGGUAUCUACUCGUGGACGUGAAUGGCCGAAAGGGGACGAUAUGUGCCGACCACUGGACGCUGAAGGAAGCCCAGGUUGCGUGCCAGCAACUAGGGAAGCAUUAUGCUUCUAUGGCGUAUAAGAGUAAUAUAUUCGGCGGAGGAGACGAGGAGAAGGUCUUAGCUGGUAUAACGUGCGAGGGUCACGAAAACAAGUUGAGUGAAUGUUUUCAUAAACAAGUUUUGGAUGAAGUGGAAUGUCCAAAAAAACGUCUCGUAGCAGGAGUCUCUUGUACAAAAGUUUUACCCGACCUCAUUCCCGACGCCGCAUUAAUAGAAACGACGACUUACAUCCAAGACCGACCUUUAUUCUACAUGGCGUGUGCUAUGGAGGAGGGGUGUGCGUCCAGGACAGCGUAUACGAUCAUGAAAACCUCCCCAAACUGGCAUUUACAUCGCCGACGGUUGCUCCGAUUCUCAGCCAACGUAUUCAACAAUGGAACCGCGGAUUUCCGCCCAGCCAUUCCAAAACAUCAAUGGGAAUGGCAUUCCUGCCAUAUGCAUUACCAUAGUAUGGAGGUGUUCGCAACGUAUGACCUUGUAGAUCACAUGGGUACCAGAGUAGCUGAAGGUCAUAAAGCCUCGUUUUGCUUAGAAGAUUCUGGUGGCUGCAAGAACGGUAAAAAACGGAGAUACUCCUGUCAGCAUUAUGGAGACCAAGGGAUCUCAGUAGGAUGCGGUGAUCUGUAUAAACAUAACAUUGAUUGUCAAUGGAUUGAUGUAUCUGAUGUCAGCACUGGGCGAUACACUCUAAAGGUGAGAGUCAAUCCUGAUAAUAAGGUUCCAGAGUUGAGUUAUGACAACAACUUGGUAACGUGUGACUUGUACUACCAAGGAUCGUAUGCCAAGGCUACUAACUGUAAGCAUGUUAAGCCGGAGUCAUAAGACGAGGGGAUGGGAUAUUUUCACUGGUAAUCCAGGAAAAAAGACUACAUUUCUAUUUGGAUAAGUACAGAGUGUCUGCUUGGUGGAUAAGACCAUUUGCACGCAAAGAAAGGAACAAUUCUAGAUAUGGUGGUGAAGAUAAAACAUUUUUCGGUGACAUUGUAGCAAUCGUGUUGUAGUUUCACCACGAUGUCAGUAAGAAAGUAGCAACACAGCAUCAGAUUGUAGGUGGCAUCUUUUGAUGUUCAAUUAGUGGAGUUAAAAUCUCCCGUGUACAAGUGAGACCUUGCAUUUUAGAAUGCAAACGACAUUCGGCGAGUGAACGCCCGCCCUCUGGUCUUUCUAUUGUCAAGGUAGGUUUAUAACAUCGGAAGUUCAGCCAGAGAUUCUUUUUCCGCCAACCCCAACACGCCUAAAUAAGUUUGGUUGGCAUUUGCAGAGCCAGGCUGGUGUCUCCAGGAGUUUAAUUGGCAUUUGCAGAGCCAGACUGAUGCGUCUAGGAGUUUGGUUGGCAUUUUCAGAGCCAGACUGAGGCGUCUAGGAGUUGGUUGGCAUUUGCAGAGCCAGGCUGGUGUCUCUAGGAGUUUGGUUGGCAUUUGCAGAGCCAGACUGAUGCCUCUAGGAGUUUGGUUGGCAUUUGCAGAGCCAGACUGAUGCCUCUAGGAGUUUGGUUGGCAUUUGCAGAGCCAGACUGAUGCCUCUAGGAGUUUGGUUGGCAUUUGCAGAGCCAGACUGAUGCCUCUAGGAGUUUGGUUGGCAUUUGCAGAGCCAGACUGGUGUCUCUAGGAGUUUGGUUGGCAUUUGCAGAGCCAGGCUGGUGUCUCUAGGAGUUUAAUUGGCAUUUGCAGAGCCAGACUGAUGCGUCUAGGAGUUUGGUUGGUAUUUGCAGAGCCAGACUGUCUGUAAAUCGUAUAUAUUAACAUCAAUUACAUGUAGGGUUAGAUCUUUUUCAUUUAUGCAUGUAUACAAUAUAAUUGAAAGAGCCUGCUGUAGUGUUAUAACACGAAGGCUUAUCCGUGAUAAUAGUACAUGAUGUACUCUUAAGUAAAACUCUAUAUAUGUAAAUUGUAGAAGUAAAAAGCAAUAAUUAAUAUACUAUAUACAUAUUCGUA